CCUAAAAAUUAUGAAAAUGCCCUCCGAAAAAAUUCGACCAAAUUUUCGUCCAAAUCCGCGAUUACUAGACUUCAUCAUUAGUUGCGAGUAGGGGUGGCAGUCGGUCGGUUUCGGUUUAACUGAAAACCCGGUUAUCGGUUAAACCGAGACACCCCCUAUAGUUGUCGACCACCGACCGAAGAGAGGUCACGGAUAGCCGACCAACCGACCGGUCGGUUCCGGUUUUAGGAUCGGUUAGCCGGCCAACCGAUAAAAAUACAUUUUCCAAAAAAAAAACAAAAAAAACUCCACCUCUCCUUCCUUAUCUCCUCCUCUCUCCUUCCUUCCUCCACCAGACCUCUUCUCUCUCCUUCCUUCUUCUUCUCUCAACUUCUUUCUCCAUGGCCCAUGCAAACAUAUCUGCAGGGGCGGCGACGGUAACGAGGCGCGCGGCGACGGCACCGAGGCGCGCGGCUGCGCACGGCGACGACAGCGAGGUGCGCGGCGCCGGGGAGGAGGUGGGUCGUCGAGGAGGAGGAGGUGGGUCAUCGGGGUAUUUUGGUGGCGGUGGAAGGAGGGGUAGCGGAGGAGGCAGGGGAGGGCGGCCGGAGUCGUCGUCGGAGGGAGGAUGGGGGAGGAGGAGGAAGGAUGGAGGAACGAGAGUUCAGAGGAAGGAGGAUGGGGGAGAAGGAGGGAGGAUGGGAAAGGAUCAGAGAAUGGGGGCGGCUCUCACGGCUGCUAGGGUUUAGGGAGAGGUGGCCAGGUGGGUAGUUUUAUUUAGGCCAAAACGGGGUCGUUUAGCGUCGGUUAGCCGGUUAACCGGCCUCGGUUUUUUGGCUAACCGCCUAACCACUGAACGCUUCCGACAACCGACCGCCACCCAUUUUUUUCGGUUUCCGGUUAGCCGCUAAGACUAACUCCAACCCUAGAGCUAAAAAACCAUUUACCCAUUU